UAAGCAUAUUUCUGCAAGUGAGAAAAAAUACAUGGCUGGUCAGAGGUCCAUGGUGUUGGUGAUGGUGACGGCUUUAUUCCUCUUUUGCAGAGCCACAACGCCUAAUGGGAAUGAGUGGAAAGCCGCUCAUGCAACGUUCUAUGGUGACAUGACUGCCUCCGAAACCAUGCAAGGAGCCUGUGGAUAUGGAGAUCUGUUUAAACAAGGUUACGGCCUUCUUUCGACAGCCUUAAGUACAGCACUAUUCAACAAUGGUCAAACUUGUGGAGCCUGCUACGAAAUCCAGUGCCACAACUCCACACAAUGGUGCUUGAAAGGUAAAAUCACAGUAACUGCAACCAACUUUUGCCCACCCAAUUACUCAAAACCUGAUGGAAACUGGUGCAAUCCGCCUCUACAACACUUUGAUCUUUCACAACCCAUGUUCCGACAAAUCGCUCGUUACCGAGCUGGCAUUGUUCCUGUAAUAUAUCGUAGAGUUCCUUGCGUUAAACAUGGAGGUGUUAAGUUUGAGAUCAAAGGAAAUCCGUAUUGGAUACUUGUGUUAGUGUACAAUGUUGGAGGAGCUGGCGAUGUCACAGACGUGAAGAUCAAAGGCUCGAACACAAGUUGGAUACAAAUGUCGAGAAAUUGGGGCCAAAACUGGCAAACUUCUGCGCAAUUAGUCGGGCAAAGUUUGUCGUUUCGAGUGAGUACCAGUGAUGGGAAAAUGGUGCAAGCUGUUAAUGUUGUGCCGUCUUGCUGGCGAUUUGGUGAAGUAUAUGACAGCAAGUAUAACUUUCCUUGA